AUGGCGGUAGCGGCGGCGGCGGCGGCGGCGGGGCCGGCCGGCGGGGGAGGCGGCCGGGCGCAGCGGAGCGGGCUGCUGGAAGUUUUGGUGCGGGAUCGCUGGCACAAAGUUCUGGUGAACUUGAGCGAGGACGCCCUGGUUCUGAGCUGCGAGGAGGGCGCUGCGGCAUACAACGGCCUCGGGACCGCCACCAAUGGCUCGUUCUGCAGGGGCGCCGGGGCCGGUCACCCUGGCGCGGGCGGCGCGCAGCCCCCGGACUCGCCCUCCGGGGUCCGCACCGCCUUCACCGACCUGCCCGAGCAGGUGCCCGAGUCCAUCUCGAACCAGAAGCGCGGCGUGAAGGUGCUGAAGCAGGAGCUGGGCGGGCUGGGCAUCAGCAUCAAGGGGGGCAAGGAGAACAAGAUGCCCAUCCUUAUCAGCAAGAUCUUCAAGGGGCUGGCGGCCGACCAGACCCAAGCCCUGUACGUGGGCGACGCCAUCCUCUCGGUGAACGGGGCCGACCUGCGGGACGCCACCCACGACGAGGCGGUGCAGGCGCUGAAGCGCGCGGGCAAGGAAGUGCUGCUGGAAGUGAAGUACAUGAGAGAAGCCACGCCCUACGUGAAGAAGGGAUCCCCAGUGUCCGAGAUCGGGUGGGAAACGCCUCCACCUGAGUCCCCUCGCUUAGGGGGCGGCUCCUCAGACCUGGUGUCGUCGCAGCCCUUCUCCUUCCACAGAGACCGGAAAAGCAUCCCCCUCAAAAUGUGCUACGUCACUCGGAGUAUGGCCUUGGCUGACCCAGAGAACAGGCAGCUGGAAAUCCACUCUCCAGAUGCAAAGCACACGGUGAUCCUAAGGAGCAAGGACUCAGCCACCGCCCAGGCCUGGUUCAGUGCCAUCCAUUCCAACGUGAGUGACCUGCUGACCCGAGCGAUUGCCGAGGUCAGGGAGCAGCUGGGGAAAACAGGCAUUGCUGGGAGCCGAGAGAUCAGGCAUCUUGGCUGGCUUGCAGAAAAGGUGCCAGGGGAGAGCGAGAAACAAUGGAAACCAGCCCUGGUUGUACUGACUGAGAAAGACCUUUUAAUCUAUGACAGCAUGCCACGGAGGAAGGAAGCCUGGUUCAGCCCAGUUCACACAUACCCUCUUCUUGCCACCAGGCUGGUCCAUUCAGGUCCAGGGAAGGGAUCACCCCAGGCUGGGGUGGAUCUGUCCUUUGCAACGCGAACUGGUACCAGGCAAGGGAUUGAAACACAUCUCUUCAGGGCAGAGAUCAGCAGGGACCUCUCCCAUUGGACAAGGAGCAUAGUACAGGGUUGCCACAACUCGGCUGAACUCAUCGCCGAAGUCACCACUGCUUGCACCUACAAAAACCAGGAGUGCCGUUUGACCAUACAUUAUGAGAACGGAUUUUCUAUCACCACAGAACCACAGGAGGGUGCUUUUCCCAAGACAAUCAUACAGUCUCCUUAUGAAAAGCUCAAAAUGUCUUCAGAUGAUGGGAUCAGGAUGCUGUAUUUAGAUUUUGGAGGCAAAGAUGGAGAGAUUCAACUGGAUCUUCAUUCCUGCCCCAAGCCAAUUGUUUUCAUCAUUCAUUCCUUCCUGUCAGCCAAGAUUACGAGACUGGGCUUGGUAGCCUGA